GCUAGUGGUGGUGCCGUUUUGCCCAACAAUUCCAUUUCCUUUAAACAAUUCAAACUGUGAUUUAAAAAAAAUUUGAAAAAAUAAAAAAUCAAUAAAAAAAUAAUAAAAAUUAGAUAUUUUUCUAAUAUGAAAAAUAAAUGUUGUUCUUAUGCAUAUUUAUGUUGCCUGAAUUUAAAAUAAACAGCAAUUUAAAUUGUUGAGCAAAAAAAAAAAUAAAUAAUAAAUAACCGGGAAUUUUAUUAUUUGAAAAUUUUAUACUAUUUCCUGGCUGCAUAUUUAUUAAAAAAUACCAAAGGAAGUUGGUGUGAUAAGCUUUUUUCUCAAUAAGUAAAACCACUCGCGUGCUCCUACAAUCGUCACUGCGAGCUUGAGUCGGGAUGCAUAAAUCUUGUGCUAAAGAAUAUCCGGACGAUUUGAAUCCGUUCGGCGAUGCCGAGCAAGAUGGGGUGGAAACAAGAUUUGCAGGGCUCAACCCAUUUGAAUGUGCAGAAGAGAGGAAACCCGCCGAGUACCGCGCUCGUUCCGUCUAUGUCGUGCACAGCCCAACGCCGUCCCCGCGCCGGAUAUCAACCCAGUUGAGUCCAACUCCUGCUCCUCGGAGAGCCUCAGACCGAGUUUCAAUUUGCUCUAGUUAUUUGUCUCGGGACUCUGAACCUCGUCCCGAUUUUUCUUCAACCACAAUCGACUCUAAAAAAUGUUUGUCAUCAAUGCGCAGUCCUAGACCGUCUAAGAAAAAACGACGUGCACCGAGUCCGCCCAAAUUUUCUCCCCGAAUCAACCCUGCUAAAGACUUUAUCAAAGAGGAAACGACUGAUGUUGAAAUUAGAAAGGAAAACUGCGCAUGAGGAAAACGGUUUUGAUACUCAAAAUAAGCGUUAAAAAUUACUUUUUGAGUGAAUCCAACUAUUAUUUUUUAUCUUUUUGAAGAAAUUGACCCUGGAAAAGAUGAUCAUGGAAAUUGAUGGAAAUGAAGAGAUCGAGCUUUUCCUCGUUGCGAAAAUUGUUUUUAUUUAAAAACAAAACGGCUUUACCAGUUUUGGUCACGAUCUGCAACCCUACUUCGUGAGCAAGAAAAAUACUAAGAACAAAUCAGCAAAAUUGAAAAAGAAAAUAUCACUUUUUAAAAUAAAAAUCUCAAAACUACCAGAUUCAAGUUAAAAAAGUUUAUGAAUUUUUUGUUAACAUUGUAGUUUAUCAAUUUGCUUGAUUUUUUGUAUUUUUCUUGCUCAUAAAAUAGAGUUGCAGACCGCGACCGAAAACGGUAGAGCCGUUUUGUUUUUGAACAAAAUCAAUUUUCGCAACGAGGAAAAGCCCAAUCUCCUCAUUUCCAUUAUUUUUUUUACAAUAAAUGUAACUUUUUCACCUGAGAUUCGGGUGGUUUUUUAAGAUGAGUCGUAGUGUCUUCGGCUCGCAAAUAAAAUCCUUGAUACUGAGAAA